AUGUUCCCGAAAGGCAAAGGAACCCCGGUUCCCUCGGACGGCCAAGCACGAGAAAAGUUGGCUCUUUACGUCUAUGAGUAUUUGCUUCACAUAGGGGCACAGAAGUCUGCACAGACAUUUUUGUCAGAGAUACGAUGGGAAAAGAACAUAACACUUGGAGAACCUCCCGGAUUCCUGCAUUCUUGGUGGUGUGUAUUCUGGGACUUGUACUGCGCUGCACCGGAGAGGAGAGAGACAUGUGACCACUCCAGCGAAGCCAAAGCCUUCCACGACUAUAGCGCCGCAGCAGCCCCCAGCCCCGUAAUGGGAGGGAUGCCCCCUGGUGACGGCAUGCCAGGAGGACCCAUGCCACCUGGAUUUUUCCAGGGUCCUCCCGGUCCCCAGGGCUCUCCUCACCCUCAGCCUCCUCCCCCUAACAAUAUGAUGGGGCCCCACAGUCAGUCCUUCAUGUCACCUCGCUUCGCAGGAGGGCCAAGAGGUCCCCCUAUCAGGAUGGGAAACCAGCCACCAGGGGGAGGACCUGGCCCACAUCCUAUGUUGCCUAAUAUGGACCCCACACGGCCACAAGGUCAUCCUAACUUAGGGCCCAUGCAGAGAAUGAGUGGCCCCCGAGGCAUGGGGCCGAUGGGACCCGGACCGCAGGUAAGCUCCCCUCCUUUUUUGUCUUGUCAGAACUUUGGUGGCGGGAUGAGGCCCCCCCACAACACCAUGGGUCCCGGCAUGCCAGGCGUCAACAUGGGCCCCGGAACUGGGCGACCAUGGCCCAAUCCUAACAACGCAAAUUCUAUGCCUUACUCGUCACCUUCUCCUGGAGCGUACGGGGGAGCGUCUGGAGGAGGACCACCAGGGACUCCCAUAAUGCCAAGCCCUGCAGACUCCAACAACUCUGGUGACAAUUUGUAUACCAUGAUUAACACUGGACCCGGCAAUCGGAAUAAUUUCCCCAUGGGCCCCGGCUCUGACGGACCCCUGGGAGCCAUGGCUGGGAUGGAACCGCACCACAUGAACGGGUCACUAGGCUCUGGUGAUUUGGACGGAAUGAACAAGAAUUCUCCAAACAAUUUAAGUGGCAUUAGCAAUCCUCCCGGGACCCCGAGGGAUGAUGGAGAGCUGAGUGGGAACUUCCUCCACUCCUUUCAGAGCGAGAACUAUUCGCCCACCAUGACGAUGAGCGUGUGA